AUGAAGAUUCCACGCUACAUCGGUUGUUCCGCUGGAUGUAGCUAUGAUUUGUGCGGUUUCUCUGACGCGUCCACGAAAGGGUAUGCAGCGGUCGCUUACCUCCGUGUCACUGCAAAGUCAGGAAGUGUUGAUGUCUAUCUUCUAGGGUCCAAAACUAAGUUGGCCCCCAUGAAAACCUCGACGAUCCCACGGCUCGAACUGAGCGGAGCGGUGCUACUGGCUCUAUGGCUGGGAAGAAUUAAACGCGCUCUGGAACCUCAACAAGAGAUUUCGAAUGUCUUCGCUUGGUCGGACUCGACCAUUGUGCUCUCAUGGUUGGGCAACACUCAUACCUCGUCUAAGACUUUCGUAUCCAACCGUAUCUUCCAAAUUCAAACCACGAUUUCUGUUUGA